CUUCACAUAUCUGAGCUUCACGAUCACUAAACUUGAUGAUAAGGAAAAGGUAGCCCACUCAUUAAUAUAACAACUACUCCAAAAUAAAAUCUUUCAGAAACCAGAUUGCGUCCAUCAAAUGAAUCAAAAUCGUCGACACGAGAAGCAUCAAGCCAAUUGGUGAAUGAUGGCUACGGUAAGACGCUUACUGAAAACUUUCCUUGUCUUCCACCUUCUGCAUCUUUCGACUUCCAUUGACACUAUAUCAUCAACCCAAUUCAUUAAAGAUGGCGAUUUAAUUAUCUCUAGAGGCAAAAUCUUCGCUCUUGGAUUCUUCAGCCCUGGAAACUCCGUUAAACGCUAUGUUGGAAUUUGGUAUUUCCAAGUUUCGGAACCGACGAUUGUGUGGGUGGCAAACAGAGACAGUCCUGUCAACGAUUCAUCCGGGAUCCUCUCAAUCGACACUGACGGAAACCUCGCCCUGUUUGAAAGCAACCAAACUGUUCCUCUCUGGACCACCAACAUUUCCGUCGUCCCCGAGAAGAACGCCGUAGCUCAGCUCUUGGAUUCCGGAAAUCUUGUUCUUCUUCAAAACGAUACCGGCAAGUUACUAUGGCAAAGCUUUGAUUGUCCUACACAUACUCUUUUACCAUUUAUGAAACUCGGGCUAAACCGACGAACGGGUCUGAAUCGUGAGUUAAUUGCUUGGAAAUCCGCCGAUGACCCUGGAACGGGGAAAUUCUCUUACAGAAUUGACCCGACUGGGUUUCCUCAAUUGACUUUAUACAAGGGUACAACGAAAUGGUGGAGAUCCGGGUCAUGGACGGGUCAAAGAUGGAGCGGCGUACCCGAAAUGACUAGUAAUUACAUCUUCAACGUCACGUUUAUUAAUAAUCAAGAUGAAAUCUCCAUUGUUUACGGAGUAACUAAACCUGUCACUACGAGGCUGAUGGUAAAUGAGUCAGGCUUUGUUCAACGCUUCACCUGGAGUAAUUCGGAUCAUAGAUGGAUCGGGUUCUGGUCCGCCCCGAAGGAGCAGUGUGAUUAUUAUGAUCAUUGCGGGGCAAAUAGUAAUUGUGACCCAUAUCAUGCAGAUAAGUUUGAGUGCACAUGCCUACCCGGAUUCGAACCGAAUAGUCUGGACGAAUGGUACUUGAGAGAUACAUCGGGUGGGUGCAAGAGAAAGAGAGAUAUGUCGAUGUGUCAAAAGGGAGAGGGUUUCGUAAAAGUGGCACAUGUGAAGAUACCGGAUACGAAUAUAACACGUGUGGAAAUGAGUUUGGAUUUAAAAGCGUGUGAAAGGGAAUGCUUGAGGAAUUGUUCUUGUUUGAGUUACUCAAGUGCUUAUGGUGAGAGUAAGGGAGGGAUUGGAUGCUUGAUGUACCAUGGAGAUUUGAUUGAUACAAGAAGUUACACGAAUGCUGCUGGUCAGGAUUUAUAUUUGAGAGUUGAUGCUGCGGAAUUAGCUUUGUAUACGAAGAAAGGUUCACUCAGUAAGAAGACCAUCUUGGCCAUUGUCCUAGUCAUUUCCGUUGCAACAAUUCUCUUGGUAGCAUUUGUUUUUUGGUUAUUCAGAAGAAGAAGAAGAGCAGAGAAAGCAGGUGAUGGCAAGAACAUCGAAUUUAACUUUACCUCAAGCUUAACACAGUUCGAAGACUCCAUGAAUGUGAAUGAGCCAGAUGGAAAUAGAAGAGAUUUUGAUUUACCAAUGUUUCAGCUGAGCACCAUCGUCGAAGCCACAAAUAAUUUCUCUGUUGAUAGAAAACUCGGAGAAGGUGGCUUUGGCUCUGUUUAUAAGGGUAUACUUCAAAAUGGAAAAGAAGUAGCGAUAAAAAGACUAUCUAAAUAUUCGGGACAAGGAAUAGAACAGUUCAAAAAUGAAGUUUUGCUUAUUGCAAAACUUCAACACAAAAAUCUUGUGAGCAUUUUAGGUUAUUGCAUUGAAGGAGAAGAGAAGAUGUUAGUCUAUGAGUACUUGUCUAACAAAAGCUUGGACUCUUUCAUUUUCAAUGAAACAAAAAGGGCAGCAUUGGAUUGGAGUAAACGAUUUGAAAUCAUUUGUGGAAUUGCUCGAGGAAUUUUAUAUUUACAUCAAGACUCGAGAUUAAAAAUUAUUCAUAGAGAUUUAAAAGCUAGUAAUGUUUUACUAGAUGCUACUAUGAACCCUAGAAUUUCUGACUUUGGGUUGGCCAGGAUUUUUGGAGGAGACCAAAUUGAAGCAAAUACCAAUCGUGUCGUCGGAACAUACGGUUAUAUGUCACCCGAAUAUGCAAUGAUAGGACAAUUUUCAAUAAAGUCAGAUGUUUACAGUUUUGGAGUUUUACUGUUGGAAAUCAUCACAGGCAAAAAAAAUAGUGGGUUUUAUCUGGAAGAUGCAGCCUCUUCAAACUUGGUCGGACAUAUUUGGGAUCUAUGGAGAGAAGGAAGAAGCCUGGAGAUGGUUGAUGUAUUAUUAAGAGAAUCAUACAGGACACAAGAAGUCAUGAGAUGCAUCCAAAUUGGUCUUCUGUGCGUGCAGGAACAGGCAGCAGAUCGACCAACAAUGGCGAUGGUGGUCUCCAUGUUGGGCAACGAUAAAGAUCUUCCUUCUCCAAAACGACCUGCUUUCAUUGCAACAAGAAUCACCAAUACUGAUGAGAACAGUAGAGGAAUCAAUUCUGCAAAUGAAGUCACAAUCUCUAUUGUUCUUGGUCGCUAGAACUUCAAGCUCUAUCUCAAUGUAUGCAUAGAGGUAAGUGAAAACAUGAUAUAUCUAUUUGCAUUAAUGGUCAUUGAUUUAUCGUAAUUUCGUAAGAAAUAUAAACAAAAUUAGU